GGUCCAAAUCCAUGAUAUCACCUGCAUCGACGAUCCUUGGUCCUGCCUCGGUGCUUUCCCUCCUCCUAGCGCCCCAAUCUUCAUUGCUGUCGAAGCAUCCGUCCUCUCUGCGUCCGUCUCCAUAGCUGCACCACUCAUCUGCAGAUGCUCAUCCUUGAGCUCUCGUAGAUGCUGGAACUUUUCCAAGCAACCGGCCGCCACCAGAGCCUCCCUUCCCCUUCGAUACCGGUUCGCGCUCGCUGUAACCUUCUCCCCGACCUCGCUGAUGAGUGUCCGUGCCUUUGUGGACUGGUUCUGGCCCGUCACGUUUGCAUUGCGGAAGCUGAUCAGGUGCCUCUUCGCGUGCAGACGCGCCCGAACCAGUCAACCCGCCCACACAGCCCCGCGCUGGACCCAACAACGAGGGCAUCUCACUUGGCAUCCACAGCUUGAUGUGCUCUGGCCGAGGACUUGCAGCUGAGCGGUCGCGUCGGGCUUCGGCCUCCUCGAUGAUAGCAGGGGCCGCAGGCAUAUAGAGCCCCUGCAGUUCUCGGAAGCGUGCCAGCUUCGUGAGAACUGUAUGCCGCCACUCUUCGAUUUGGUUGGCACGCUCGCCUGCAACCAGUGCCGUCCCCUUCAGUUCGCGGAUGAUUCUUGCCCUGUGCAACCAGAAUCCCGGCCACUAGAAACGCUGUUGCGCUCUGUCCUUGCAGUGGCAUUCUUCCCUCCUGAGUGAGUCUCUCCUCCUCCUUGCGAACCUCCAAGCGGACUUGCGCCUCCGACACACAAGCUGGA